AUGAGUAUCACACCGAAGCAUAUCAACCGACUUCUUCCUCUUAUGGCUGAGAAGCCGGUGAGGAAUAAGGGUAAUCUUGUUUACCCCCCUAUCAAGAAAACACUGAUGGCACGACCCGUGGACAAAUUUAAGACCAAGAAAGUCCAAAAUGAGGCAAAUGCAUUAGGCCUUGGUCCCGAGACCAACCCAGUCAGGACUGCUCGAUCCUUCAAGACCUUCGUUCGAACCUCAAAAGAACGCGUUACCCGUCUUGAGAAGACCAUCAAGGGUAACGAGACGCUCUUGAAGGCUUGCAAGGGGUUGACUGAAGUCUCCGGUCCCCUUGCUCCAGAUGGUUUAGCUGAUCUUAUCACAUCAACCUGGAGCAAGCAGAAACACGUCAUUUCCCAACUUAAGAACGACAUCCAGGAAUUGAAAGAGUCACCGAAGGACUCUCUGAUCGGCCACUCGGAUGAGUCAAUCAUGGGUCUUGCUCGAAUGAUGGAUGUUGAUACCACCCCCUCACAGACCUCGACCAUGGUCAGCAAGAUGAAGGUCACCUUCAUCAACCUCAAGGACAUGGUCAAGGUCAAAGAGGAGAAGAUUCAGAAUCUCCGUGAUCGUGAAAAGACGAAGACCAAACGCAUCGUCGAACUCCAGAACGAACUGGACAAUUUGCAGACCAAGAACCUCGAUCUAGCCCUCGACCUGCAGGAAGCUCAAGAUAAGCGGCAGACAGCUGACAACCGCGUCUUUGAUUUCGAGACCAAGAUUCGCGAUCUUGAGACAGACAUCGAAAAGAAGACGUGUGAAAAUGAGGAUUUACUGCAGCGCUACGAGGAAGCUGGGGAGGUGGUCUUGGGUCUUCAAACUGAUUUGGAUGAGACUAAACAGAACAACGAGUCUCUCAAUCUACAGAUCAAGGAUCUUCAAGCCAGAGAGUUCAAGAAAGAUGAUCACAUCUUGACACUGGAGAAGGACUUGGCAAACCUCAAUCAGAUGAUGAAUUUGGAUUCAAAGUCUGAGGAUGACUUCAUGAAAUCAAAACUAAACCAGAGUGCUCUGAAACUUCAGAAGAUAUCAUUCGACCAAGAACUUAAGAAUCUUCGCUCUGAUGGUCAUCAAAGGGACUACUAUGUCUUGAAGCUGGAACAAGACAUUGGAAACAUGCAGAAAGAGAAAGAUGAGUUGUACCAGGAGAUACAGAACUCAUUUUCUAAAGACCGCAAGACCAACCAUCGUGAGGACGAACUGAAACAAGAGAUUGAAGAACUGAAAGAAGAGAGGAUUGAGCAGGAUUUAAAGCUGAAGGACACCAUAUCCAAAGCAGAUGAAGAGAUCUUUGAAUCCAAGAAGAGGGUUUCUGAAGUACAGGUUCAAAAGAUCGAACUAGACUCUAAACUCAAGGUAACAUAUUAUAGUCCAUUUGUAGAGAGUCAGAAGGGCGUUAGGAGUUAA